ACUGGAUAAUACAGGGUGUGUCACAGUUUCUGUGAAGACUGCCAUUUUUGUAGAUAGGUGAUCACCUGAAGGCGGAAGAGCUUUGCUCUAGCCUACCUUUAACGCACGAUGGCUGCCUUAAACCUCGCUAACCUCUUGAUAUUUUUCUGGUUCUCUUUUAACACAGCUUCACAAACAGUUGCAAAAAGUGGAAGAGGAUUUGUUGGAACUGAGGUGGAAAACACAGACGAUGUCAUCAUAGAUCAAGCAACAGCACAAAUUCUUAAAAGCAGUCUUACCACAGUCUUCCUCCCAAUUAUCUACAUAGUUGUCUUCAGUGUGGGUUUGCCAGCCAACAUCAUGGCUCUCUGGGUCUUCCUCUUCAGAACAAAGAAGAAACACCCAUCUUCCAUCUACAUGGCCAACCUGGCUCUGUCCGAUCUGCUUUUUGUCAUCUGGAUUCCACUGAAGAUUGCUUACCACUUCAAUGGCAACAACUGGAUUUAUGGAGAGGGGUUGUGUAAAGUGUUGAUUGGUUUCUUCUAUGGUAACAUGUAUUGCUCAAUUCUCUUUAUUGCCUGUCUGAGUGUUCAGAGGUACUGGGUAGUAGCCCACCCAUUUUCACAAUUGAAGAAGAAUAACCGUGUGGCAAUACUUAUUUCCCUCUUCAUCUGGUUCUUCAUCUGGAUCAGCACCACCCCACUCUACCUUUACCAACAAACAGUCAAGCUUAAAGGCCCUGAUAUUACCACAUGCCAUGAUGUCAGUAGAAUUAACACAAUGAAGGUAUUUGAGUCUAUCCAGUACUCAUACUAUUACUUCAUGACAAUGGCUGUUGUUGCUUUCCUGCUACCCUCUAUGGUGAUUAUAGUAGCUUAUUUCAUGCUUCUGCGUGCAGUUGGUAACUCAAUGACGGAAGGCAAUGCUGGAAAGAAUCGUAGAAAGGCUGUAGUGCUGAUAAUUACAGUGUUGGCUGUGUUCCUUGUGUCUUUCAUUCCGAGCAAUGUCAUGCUGGUGGUGCACUACUCCCUUUUAAGCAAAGGGAUAGAAAACAAUGCCUAUGGUUUCUAUAUCACAACACUAUGCAUGGCCAGCUUUAACAGCUGCUUAGACCCAUUCAUCUACUACUAUGUAUCGGAGGACUUCAGAGAACAUGUGAAGAACAUGCUUCUCUGUCGCAGCAACAGGACUGUAGAGAGAAUGAGGGUUUCCUUCAGCUCUAUGAAGUAUUCAACAAAGACUAAAACAUAUAUGUCUGAUACUUCCAACACACAAACCAGUUCUUGCUAAUUCAAGCCAAUCCAUUUACAAUCACAUGUGAAACAUAGAUGGAAGAUUUAAAAGUGGAGGCAUAUUUUAUAGAUAAGUCAUUGUUGGACUGUCACCACCUGCCAAACUAUAUUGUCUUGAACAAAAACAAACAAAUGUCUUCCUUUGUGGUUUUAAGAGGCUGUCCUGUAGUCUUCCACGUUCACAAAUGUUAAUCUUAAAAUCUGAUAUUUUACUAUUUCACUGCUGUAUUUCAUUCAUUACCACCUCUUUUUUGAGUUUAGUCUGGCAUAUUAUGUGUUUUACUGUAGAACUUAUCAGUUAUUUUACUCUAAAUAUUUAUUAUUCAGAUGUUUUCCUAUCCAUGUUUCUUUCUGUUUAUACCCCAUAGUGGGGCAAUAUGUUUUUUCAUGUCUGGCCUAACCUAAGGCUAUCAUAUGUUAAUAUUAUUGUAUUACAUGUGGUAGUACAGUUCACUUCCUCAUAAGAUAACCAAAAAAUGAGGCCUACAUAAUAUCUUAAUGCAUCCCAUACAUUGUAUGAUACUGGGUUAGGUCAUAUGUUUUAUUUACGGUGUUUUGUUCCAAGUUGCCAUGUUUGCACAAAACUGUAUAACACUUAAAUAAACAUUUUCUAAACUAA